AAUCUUCCUCCCACCUCCACAUAGUUGACUCACGCCAUCCUUCCUCAAGAACUUCACAUGAAGGAUACACAUUUGCAAGCCACACAAUCAAUCUUGACCGCAACAAGCUUACAUCGAAGUCUAUAUGAGGCCUUGAGUCCUCCUGCAAAGGAUUCAACCCAACCUCUCUUCCUUGCCUUUCUGUACGAAACCAUCUGUUGUUAGCACAGCCAUGGACUCUAGCUGUGUGGAAGAGGCAUCGAGCGACUCGGAGAAGCGGCUACAGGCGCCGCUACAUGUGAUGGAGGCGCUGCAGCGAAUGGGCAGCGGCGCGAGUGUGGUGCUCGACCCGAUUCCCAGAGGAGGAACCGAAGCCGAGUCGAGGAAGCUGACCUCAUCUCAGUACAAAGGCGUCGUCCCCCAGCCGAACGGCCGGUGGGGCGCCCAGAUCUACGAGAGGCACAACCGAGUGUGGCUCGGCACCUUCGGCGAUGAAGCCGAGGCCGCACGCACCUACGACGUCGCUGCACAGCGCUUCCGGGGCCGCGACGCCGUCACCAACUUCAGGCCUCUGUCGGACUCCGCCUACGACGAUGCCGGCGAGCUCUCCUUCCUCGCCGCGCACUCCAAGGCCGAGAUCGUGGACAUGCUGCGCAAGCACACGUACCGUGACGAACUCCAGCAGAGCAAGCGAGCCUUCGGGGCUGGCCGGAGCGCGACCGUGGGCCGGAGGAAGACACCCGGCUACUCGCGAUCGGCUCGCGAGUUCUUGCUCGACAAGGUUGUCACUCCCAGCGACGUCGGGAAGUUGAACAGGCUGGUGAUACCGAAGCAUCACGCCGAGAAGCAUUUCCCGUCGAAGAGCGGCAGUAGCCUCGCAUGCAAGGGAGUGCUGCUCAACUUCGAGGAUGCCAGUGGAAGGGUGUGGAGGUUUAGGUACUCGUAUUGGAACAGUAGCCAGAGCUACGUGCUGACCAAAGGCUGGAGCCGGUACGUGAAGGAGAAGGGCCUGAAGGCCGGGGAUCUGGUCAGUUUCUGGCGAUCCACCGGGCCGGAGAAGCAGCUGUACAUCAACUGCAGGACUGGUGCAGUCGCCAACAAUCCAUCCUUGCCAUCGGUUAUUAGGCUGUUCGGCGUCAACAUAUCAGAAUUGCCGGCCAGCCAUGGCGAAUGGAAGAGGGGAAGGGAGGCGACGGAGUUUUUUCCACCGCCAAAGCCCCUCGAGAAGCCAUUCGUAGAGACAUUGUAGUGAUUUUAUCCUCCAAAUUCUUCCCAUUCUGUUCUUCGUUUCGCCUUUGUUUCAUGAAACAACGCAAAACACAAAAGGAAUGUACAUUGUGUUAUGUGUUAAUUGCUUGUAAAUCCAUGAAUUAUUAGGGAGAAUUGGCUUGCUAAAAUUAAGUUAAAAUGAAAAGAAAAAUCUGAAAGUUCAUUGA